AUGGCCGAACAGUUUACCAGCCUUGUUAAUACAUUCGGAGGAAUGAACUUUGCCGAUAGAUCAACUCCAAGCCGCUCAGAUCCGACUCAAGAUCUCCUGAAGACGAUUUGGGACCUGAAAACAUCGUGCCAAUCCACCUCAGCGAAUGCAGCACAUGUCAGGACCGUGAUCGAAGGCACACAGACCCCUAGCGGCGAGAACAUUGCAAGAUUAAGCACCCUGAGAAGAGAAGCCGUUGCCCUUGCGAAGGCCAGGAAGAAGUUCAGCGAUGCCACUGAAAACUACAUCAUGGCAUACCUCACAUCGCUUGCUAGCCCAUGGACACUGGAGCAGAAAAUGCUAUCACAUUUUAGUGAUGAAGUGAAGAGGAUUGCUGGCAAUGUACUUGAUGAUGAAACCACCGACGAGCGCAGUGUUCUGCGAAUAAUUUUGGAGGAGUGCUAUGCUCAGGCUCUUUGUACUUCUGGGACUCUGCAUUCUGAUGAGUACUUUGAAUCCCUAGAAGAAACCAGCUCUGAAGAGCCGGGUGACCCUGACUUCGAAAGCGAGGAAUACUAUGAGCAUGAAAAUCGACUUGCUAUCGACGAUAGCGAUGCUGAUGCCUAUCGCGUGCAAUGCGAGCGUAAAGCUGAGAGGAAGGAGCAGCAAAGGGAAGAGUGGAUCGGGUUUUGGGUUCGCGCAUUAAGUAAAUGUCCUGAUGAGCCCACCACGCUAUUUUAUCCGCCAGCGAGUCGUCUCCCCAAUUGCCAUCUUGCAGAGGUUCCGCGAUACUUGUUUAGGGCAUUUGACGAGGAAAGCUCUGGCCGGAGUGACCACCAUGUUGUAGCUUCCGCCGAAAGCAUUUCCGCGGAAUCAGAGCGCAGCAGAACCGAUCUCCUCUCUCGACCUCCAAGAGAAUCAACCCGAAUGCUAUACAAUCAUCUGAAGUGGUUUACAUCUGAGGAUGCCGACAAUCUGAUGUCAUGGAGUGGUUCUCUACUGUAUGUCAUCCAGUACGCAAUCUGGAAAUGCAACAAACGAUGCUGUGACCCCGCUGAAGUCUACAUAUGCAUAGUCGACACGAGGAAGUUUCCUCGUGGACAGUUCGCUCGGGACAAGUCGUUACUUCGAGCGUAUCGUGAUGCUCCUGAACUUGAUCAGAGUAUGCGGAGCUUUUUUGCUUUUCGUUUAGGAUACCCAUACUAUGACAAUGGGGAGUAUCUGUCGCAAGGAAUUCUGCAUCAUGCUGGACGGUCUAGUGUGGUGUCGUUGAAGCAGCUCAUGCAGGCGGGAUUAUAUGAUCUCUAUCCUGAAUUUGCGGACGAUUCUGCGAGGAACUUAUGGGCAAAACGUGUUGGGUUUCUUCGUUCAGCAUGGUCCUAUGAGCAUAUAACAACCCAGCUCGACAUACAAUAUGCAGUCAAUGUGGCCAGAGAGUGCUUCAAUGGUUUCGAUGCGCUUGAUAUAGCACUGGUGCUAUUAACUCUCAAGAAACGCAAGCUCCUUCCCAUAGCAACAAUGCGACAAGGGGUUCGAAGAAUCUACCGUGACUUUGGCCCAGUCGAGGUUCAACGAUAUACCGACAUAAUGAAAAAUAUUAUGGCGAAGGACGGAGACACUCUGAAUGCUUUAUUUGCCUUAGCUACCGACAGGCAGCUUGAAGAAAUUUUCGAAUGUUCAUAG